CAUUGUGAGCUCGUGUCAAGCUUGGAUCAAAGCUAGCUCGGAGAUUGAUCGAUCAAUGGCGUCGCGUACAGUGUUGCUGUUGGCCAUGGCGGUGAUCCUGUCGAGCUCAGCAAUGGCGCAGCUCGACGUGGGGUACUACAGAAAGACGUGCCCCAAGGUGGCGGAGAUCGUCCGGGAGGAGAUGGUCAGGAUCCUCGCCGCCGCUCCCACCCUCGCCGGCCCUCUCCUCCGCCUCCACUUCCACGACUGCUUCGUCAGGGGUUGCGACGGGUCGGUGCUGAUCGACUCGACGGCGAGCAACACGGCGGAGAAGGACGCGCCGCCGAACCAGACGCUCCGCGGGUUCGGCUCCGUGCAGCGGAUCAAGGCGAGGCUCGACGCCGUCUGCCCGGACACCGUGUCCUGCGCCGACGUGCUCGCGCUCAUGGCCAGGGACGCCGUCGUCCUCUCCAAGGGCCCGUACUGGGCGGUGCCGCUGGGGCGGCGGGACGGCCGCGUGUCCAUCGCCAACGAGACGAGCCAGCUGCCGCCCCCGACGGCCAACAUCACGCAGCUCGCCCAGAUGUUCGCCGCCAAGGGGCUCGGCCUCAAGGACCUCGUCGUGCUCUCCGGCGGCCACACGCUCGGCACGGCGCACUGCCCGGCGUUCGCCGACAGGCUCUACAACUUCACCGGCGCCAACAACGCCGCCGACGUGGACCCCGCCCUUGACCGGAGCUACCUCGCCAGGCUCCGCGCCCGCUGCGCCAGCCUCGCCGACAACACGACGCUGGCGGAGAUGGACCCGGGGAGCUUCCUCACCUUCGACGCCGGCUACUACCGCCUCGUGGCCAAGCGCCGGGGGCUCUUCCACUCCGACUCGUCGCUGCUCGCCGACGCGUUCACCGCAGGGUACGUCCGGCGGCAGGCCACCGGGAUGUACGUCGCAGAGUUCUUCAGGGACUUCGCCGAGUCGAUGGUGAAGAUGGCCGGCGUCGGCGUGCUCACCGGCGGGCAGGGCGAGAUCAGGAAGAAGUGCUACGUCAUCAACUAGUAACGUUUUUUUAAUCCGAUAUAUAGCUUAACGCCGUAAUUAAUUAUCGUCCAUGGUAAUUAUAUUAUUCUAUAAUAAUCCAUGUAACUGAUGCAUCUGUAGAGUGUUUUUUUUUUUGGUUUGGAUUGGUUUGUUAAUUCAUCGCACGUGUAAUGUAACUAAGAAAUUAAUCAAUCAAAUAA